CUCGCUCCUCUUCUCGCGCGCUGGUUAAAAAGAAGGAGGAAAGAGCAAGGGGAAACAUGUGAGCGCUCUGAGGAUCUAGUGAGAGACAAUUUUGUGCUUACUUUUUUGACCCAAUGCACUGUGCUGAAACGGAUUUUAAAUCAGAAGGAAGGACACAAAUUAAGCUUACUGAAAUUCUCAGAGUUUGCUUAUUAUUUGCUUUGUUUUCUUUACGAGAGAAACAUUUGUAUUUCUGGGGUAUGCCAUCAUAACCAGCACUACCAUUAAUUUAUUUUAAAUAACAUUUUUUUCUUUAGCAAAUAUUUAAUUCUGAUUACUUUAUGCGUAUAUCUUUAUUAAACUAAAUGAUUAUAAUCGUUUACCUGUGAUACAGCAUAUAUAAAUAUAGAGAAUAGACUAUUUUGUAGGUUUGCACCGUUGCUUUCAACAGUGAUUUCUCUCAUAUCUUUUGGUUCCAACGUUUUUCAAUAUGAGGCAUUUGAAAUUUGUACUCGUGUUGGCUAUUGCAGUCAACGUUUGGGAAUGUGGGGAUUCGAAAUUUGGCGAGAAGGGGGAAAUAAGCCCGAGGAGAAGGAGAUGUUACGACGGGAGCAUGCCCAAGCGACUGAAGAAGAGGGAACGAAAACUGUCAGUGGACAGCGGUGCAAGCAGCGGGGAAGUUUGUCACAGGUUGUACCCUCGUGUGUCAUGCUGCCCAACCAGGCGUGCUGCUUAUCAGAUAGUCCACCGGCGUGAUGCCAGGAUCUUCUCCACCAAUAACACGGAGUGCAGCCGUCUCCUGGAGGAGAUCAAGUGUGCACACUGUUCGCCCAACGCCCAAGUGCUGUUCCACUCCCCCGAGUCGGACAAGGUCCCCCUCAGGGAGCCCCACCUGCCACGCCUCUGCCAGGACUACUGCCGAGAGUUCUACUAUACCUGCCGAGGACACAUACCAGAGCUGUUCCAAGCCGAUGUGGAUGAGUUCUGUCAAUACUACGGACGGAGGGACGGAGGCCUGUGCUUCCCAGAUUUCCACCGAAAGCAAACACGGGGACAGGACUCCAACUACUUGGGAGAUGAGAAAGUCGAAGACAUCAACAGGUUUGUAACGUUUCACUUUCAAAAUCUCUUUUACUUGUAUACGUUAGGAAGAGUGCAUUUAAGGUAUGGUUUUUAAAUAUUGAGUUAACCAUCCAAAAAGAACGCUUUCAGUGAGUUGUGGAA